GGAAAGUGGAGGCAAAGACAGGGGGAGUGUGUGGGGGAGCGCGCGAAUAAGUCCUGUUCGGCCUUCCGCGUCCGAGUGCCUUUUGGCUGCGAAGCUGCAUAGAUCGGAGGGUGACACUCGCGACGUGCAGCAGGCUGCAGGCGGAAUGCGGCAGUAUGUUGCAGUUGAAGGUAUGGUCCGGGUCGUACGCAUCAUGAUGGUGCCCGCAGAGCCCGCAAGGGACAGGACAGGGUACAGGGGUCAGAAGGCACUGCAGGCCACACAGUCGAUCUGGGUGACGUCGAGAGAAGAAUCCCCGUCGUCCGCCGUGGAUAUGGAGGGAUGCGAUGGGCGCGAGGAGCCAGAAAUACGCUGGAGGUUCUCCUCCCUGAGCUAGUCGCUGGGGCACCCCACUCUACACUCGCCAAUUUCCUCGGUUGCUUCUUUUUUGGCUUGCUGAUCAUCAAGUCAAGUCAAUCAUGUCAGCCUCGGGCCUCGCGUGUGGCCUCGCCCAGGCACAGGAUCGGCUGCUGCAUCUGGGGCCCGGAGCAACAUGAUAAUCCCACUCACAUCAUCAGCAGCUGCAUAUAUAUACCCCGAAUACCCACAGCCAUGCUACACCCCCAACACGUCCUGUACCAUGUCCAGUCCCGCCCUUGUAGCACAGUCUGUCACAGAGCUUAUCGCCCUUAGAGCUAAAACCCAGCCUGAUGAUCCUGCUGUUCACACCGGUGCUGCAGAGAUUGGCCAAGAGCUGCAGACUCUCACGUACUUGGAUCUCUCCAAGGCAGUCGAUCGUCUGGCAGCGCACUACGCCUCGCUCAAGAUCCAGCCAGAAGUCGUAACCGGGGACCUGCCCCCAGAGCGCAUCGUUGCGGUACUCACCACGAGCUCGAUCAACGAGACCAUCCUCGAGGCAGCUCUUGCCAAGCUCGGGCUGGCUGGACUGCUUCUGUCCACCAACAACUCGACAGCGGCUAUCGUUCAUUUGUGCAAAAUCACCAAGAGCGAGAUCCUCAUCUACGAGGACAAGUAUGAGGCGACCGCAAAUGAAGCUCGAGACUUGCUUCAGAAAGAAGGCAUUGACAUAAGGCUCGUCCCAGAAACAAAGUUUCCACUUUGGGGCCCUCAAGGUGUUCGAGAAGCAGACAUUCCGCCGUACCCCGCCCGAUUGACGCCCCAGCAAGAGGCCGGACGCACAGUCGCCAUCCUACAUUCCUCCGGCUCGACCGGCUUUCCGAAACCCGUGGCGAUCACUCACCAUGCACUCCUCGCCAACGCUCUUCACCUCUUGCCCGUCUCCACCUUUUUGGCUCUGCCUCUCUUCCACGCCUUUGGUCAUGUUGCCUCCUUUGUAUGUCUAUACCACGGCAAAGCCCUCAUCAUCAUGCCCCCGAACAUCCCCCUCACCUCCGCCAACAUCUGCCGAGUCAUCCGCGAAUCACCUACUCCUCCUGUACAGCAAUACGCGGUGCCAUACGUGCUCAAACUCCUAGCCGAGACGGAUGAAGGUAUUCAGACGCUCGCCAAAUCCUCUGCCGUCAUUUAUGCUGGGGCCGCCCUCCCGGAUAACCUUGGUGAUAAGUUGGUCGAGGGCGGGGUUAACCUCGUUUCCGUCUACGGAUCUACCGAGUGCGGUGCAGUGAUGACCUCUUUCAGAGACUUCAAGACCGACAAAAGCUGGAACUGGCUCCGAAACGAAGGUCCCAUCGCCCAAUACCUUGAAACCCUCCCCCAAGGCUCCAACACCUUUGAGAUCGUGGUCAAAGACGGUUGGCCCGGUAAAGUCACAAGCAAUAGGGCGUCGGACAAUGCGUGGUGUACGAGCGACCUUGUGUUGCAGCAUCCGGAACAUCCGACCUGGUUCAAGUACUUGGGGAGGAUGGAUGAUACGUUGAACAUGCUUCUGGGAGAAAAGACCAAUCCUGUGCCUAUCGAAUCGGCUAUUAGGGGACACUCGCCUCUGAUCCAAGAGUGUAUCGUGUUCGGCGACGGUAAACCCCAAGUUGGCGCACUCAUUCUCCCGUCCGAGCAAGGCGCCGAGCUCAGCAAAGACCCGAAGGCCUUCCUCGACGCCGUCUGGCCCGUUAUUGAACAAGCCAACGCCGUCGCCCCUACCCAUUCGCGCAUUCUCCCCGAGAUGGUCGAGAUUCUACCUUACGGCACUGAAAUCCCUGUGGCGACCAAGAUGUCCAUCAUCCGCCCGGCUUGUUAUCGCAAGUUUGCAAACCUGAUCGACUCUAUCUAUGAACGCUUCGAGCGCGGGUCCGGCGAACCCAAAAAGAACAUCACCACCAAACCCGAUCUCGAGUCGUUCCUCACUUCCAUCAUCCUCUCCACCAUCUCCGACAACAAGACCCAGGCGCCAGGGAAGGAAGACGUCAAGGCAGAGCUUGGCGUUGAUACCGACCUCUUUUCGUUUGGCAUCGAUUCGUUGCAAGCUACUCGGAUCAAGAAUGCCAUCACCAAGACUCUCGAUCUCGGCAAUGCCAAGGUUGGGCAGAACAUCGUAUACGAGUACCCCUCCGUCGGACAGCUCGCCGAGUACUUGUUCAACGCCAGACAAGGCAAUGGGGCUGACGAGAGCCCUGAGAAGGUGUACGCGAAGAUGUGGGAAAUGGUGGAUCGUUAUGCUCGACAGUUGAGCAAGGAGGAGAUUGUUGGAGACCUCGCUAGUCCGGCGAGGAAGAUUGGCCUUGCAAACCCGACCAGCAACGGCAAACUUGAGACUAUCAGCAGCAAGGGCCAAGUUGUGGUUCUUACUGGUGCUACUGGUUCUCUUGGUGCCCACCUGCUUGAUCAGUUGACUCGUCGCCCCGACGUCAGCAAAGUCAUCUGCCUCUCUCGCGCCAAAUCCCACGCCGACUCUUUCCGACGACUCCAAGACUCUCUUGCUCAGCGACAUCGUACUCUGACCCCCGCUGCCGAGGCCAAGAUCGUCUCCUACGCCGCCGACGUCAACAGUGAGGACCUUGGUCUUUCCCCCGAGCUGUAUGAGUCUCUCAGGAACGAAGCGACUGCCGUCAUCCACAACGCCUGGCCAGUCAACUUUGUCAUUUCCGUCGAGUCGUUCGACGAGCACAUUCGCGGCGCUUUCAAUCUGCUCGACCUCACGCUGAAGGCUCCUGGUCAGGUCAAACCUGCAUUCUUCUUUUCCUCCUCUGUCAGUGCGCAGUUGGCAUCGGAUGUGGCGGUAACGGAAGUGUUCCCGGCAAAAGCUGAGACAGCUAUGAUGGGAUACGGCCGGAGCAAGUGGGUGGUGGAAAAGAUUAUGGAAAGGGCCGGGAAGGAGACAAAGGCGAGGUGUGCGGUGUUGCGAAUUGGGCAGCUUGCGGGUGAUACUGAAAACGGCAUAUGGAACGAGACCGAGUCUUGGCCAUUGAUGUUCAAGUCUGUCAACGAACUGCAUGCCCUUCCCAUGAUCAGCGAAUCCCCCUCUUGGCUGCCCGUCGACCAAGCCGCUUCCACCAUCAUUGACAUUGUGUCCUCUACGACUUUGGCAUCCAAACCGUCCUCAGCAUCCGUCUACCACAUCGUCAACCCCCAUUUGUCAUCAUGGUCCGACGUCCUCGCCGGUUUAGCGGCUGGCGGUCUCAAAUUCGACACCGUCCCACAAACCGAAUGGGUCGCCCGUCUCUCUCAAUCCAACUCCGACGUCGCUGUCAACCCCGCAUACAAGCUUCUCGACUUUUACCAAGCGAGGUUUGGCAGCGGAGAUGUUAUCUCGGAAGUGGAGUUCAAGGUGGAGAGGACGAAGGAAGAGUCGGAGACGAUGAGGAACCAGGUGAAGAAGGUUGGGCCAGAGUUGGUCGCGUUGUGGACAAAGGCGUGGAUCGAGUCUGGGUUCCUUGCGUAGAUGACGGCGUAUCAGUCGAAAAGUUUUGUAGAUAGAUAAAGACAUUAGAGGCGACAUGCUGGUUCAUAGACCUUCUCAGAUGAUUUUGCUUGUCAAGUAAACAUAUCUGUCUGCCCCUGUGAGCGACGACAUGCAUGC